UUCCGCAUUGCAAAGGGCGUUUCCUCCCUUCGAACGCCGCUGUGUAAGGGCAGUCGAAGCGGUCAGGGUGUGCGCCCACCACAACCUCACGUUCUCCGAAAUCGACGUCUGUACCCAUGGUCUUUGGACCGGCCCAUUCCGGUGCCAACAUGCCAGCCACCGCAUCGCACACUGGCCAAACCGGUGGCACCCAAAAAUCCUUUCGCUGGGGCAAUCAUAUCGAGAUCAGGUCUUGGAUCUCGAUCAUCAGCGCACCCCGAGGCAUCGCAAUCGCCGCGUCUACUCUCAAAGAUCCACCGAGCUUAUCCUGCGAGCCGCUCUGCACGCAUCUGAGUCUUAACGACUCCAUCAUCCUGUGUCUGGUCAGCAAGCUGGUUGCAGCGCGGCAAAACGGCUCGCUGGAAUGGCGUCGAUCGGAAGAAUGCAGCUGCGUCCACGGUGGCAAAGGGUCGACCCCCUGUCUACGGUGGCACCAGCGCAAAGACGACUCGGACUUCACCCGUGCCCAAGGGGCGUAGGUGUCGGACUCGUGGAAUCGGAGCUGCCAGGAUCAGGAGACGGAAAGGGUCCCAGGGUCUCAACGCUUCAGAUGGCGCGCCAUAUGGGGCUGCAGGUGCGAUUUUAAGGUGUUUGUGCGCCGUGUGCUGGGUACGGACC